UUUCCUUUGAAAUUUGUUUAGCUUUGAGAUGGCAUUACCUGCUCUAAAAGCACAGCUCAACAACUUUGUCCAAUCCUUGUUUGAUGAGGGAAUGUUGGAUGGGCAGUUCUCUCAGAUUCAAGCAUUAAAAGAUGAAAGUAAUCCAGAUUUCAUAGUUGAAGUGAUCACAACUUUCUGCAAUGAUGCUGAAAGGAUCAUUUCAGAACUUACCAAACAUAUGAGUCAACAAAAUGUUGAGUUUUCCAACUUGGAAUCUUAUGUUCAUCAGCUCAAAGGAAGUAGCUCGAGCAUUGGAGCGCAAAGAAUGAAAAAUGCUUGUGCUGAUCUUCAGCAAGCUUUCGAUGACAAGAACAAGGGAAGGUGCCUGCAGGCCUUAAACAUAAUCACCUGUCAAUAUUUUCUUCUACGAGCUAAAUUUGAGACUCUAGUUCAGUUAGAGAAAAGAAUAUUAUCCAUUGAAGCCAACCAAACAACAUGAUAGCUACCAUGCUGCUCCAUUGAUAUAAGCUGUUGGAAUUCUUACUUAUUUCCUAUGUAAUUUAAUCAUCUUUGUAUACACAGUUUGUUCUUUUCAUUGGUCAAAUUAAUAAGGAUUUGAAUAUUUCAAUUUAAAUC